AUUCAUAUACUUUGUCAGUACACAAUAUAUAUACGUCACAACGUGCAUUCAUAACUGCAAGAAAAAAAAGCUCCUCCAAUGGCGGGUCUAAAGUCUUCUUCCCCUCCACUUUGCGAAAGGAUCUCACACAAAAGCUAUUUCUUAAGAGCUGUGGAUCUCACAAUUCUUGGUCUUCUCUUUUCUCUACUCUUGUACCGAGUCCUACAUAGGAGCCCAAACGAGAACGUUUGGCUCGUUGCUUUGAUCUGUGAAUCUUUGUUCUCAUUAACGUGGCUGACUUGUACAUGCAUAAAAUGGAGUCCGGCUGAAGAUAAAGCCUAUCCAAAUAGACUUGACGAAAGGAUUCAAAACCUUCCUUCAGUAGAUAUUUUUGUGCCCACGGCGGAUCCUGUUAAGGAGCCGCCCAUUAUGGUUGUGAACACUGUGCUUUCGCUGUUAGCUUUGAAUUAUCCGGCGAAUAAAUUAGCGUGUUAUGUUUCGGACGAUGGAUGCUCGCCUCUUACAUAUUUUACUCUGAAAGAAGCUUCUAGGUUUGCCAAGAUUUGGGUUCCAUUCUGCAAAAAAUACAACGUUGGAGUUAGAGCUCCUUUUAGAUAUUUCUUAAAUCCUUUCGAUGCAGUAAACGAUUCAGAAUUCAGUAAAGACUGGGAAAUGACAAAGAGAGAGUACGAGAAGUUAUGCCGGAAAGUAGAAGAUGCCUCCGGAAAUUCCCAUUGUUUGGAUGCAGACAACGAUUUUAAGGCUUUUUCAAACAGAAAACCAAAUGAUCAUUCAACUAUAGUUAAGGUGGUAUGGGAGAACAAGGGAGGUGUGGGAGACGAGAGAGAAGUCCCUCAUCUUGUAUACAUUUCAAGAGAGAAAAGACCAAAUUACUUCCAUCAUUACAAAUCUGGAGCUAUGAACUUUCUGAUAAGAGUAUCAGGAUUAAUGACAAAUGCACCAUACAUGUUGAACGUAGACUGCGACAUGCAUGUCAAUGAUCCAGAUGUGGUGCGACAAGCAUUGUGUAUGUUUUUACAAAAGUCAAAGAAUUCAAGCCAUUGUGCUUUUGUUCAAUACCCUCAAGAGUUCUAUGAUUCUAUCACCGACGAAUUCACCGUCUUACAAUCCAUUAUGGGACGAGGAGUUGCGGGAAUCCAAGGACCGAUAUAUGUGGGCACAGGAUGCUUUCACACUAGAAGAGUUAUGUAUGGUUUAUCUCCGGGCGAUUUAGAAGAUGACGGAAGUCUAUCUUUGGUUGCUAGAAGGGAAUUUUUGGAUGAGGAUAGUUUAGAAAGAAAAUAUGGGAGUUCUAAAGAGAUGGUAAAAUCGAUGGUGGAUGCAUUACAAAGAAAAUCAAAUCCUCAAAAUACCAUUACAAACUCCAUAGAAGCGGCUCAUGAAGUGGGGCAUUGUCACUACGAGUUCCAAACCAAUUGGGGCGAAACUGUCGGCUAUUUAUAUGGUUCUGUGUCAGAAGAUAUCAUUACAAGUAUUGGAAUCCAUUCGAGAGGAUGGACUAGCUCAUACAUUUGUCCUGAUCAACCUGCGUUUCUUGGAUCUACGCCGUCGGUAGGAUUGGAGACGAUAGUCCAGCAGCGGCGGUGGGGCACGGCAGGGAUCGAAGUCCUUUUUACUAGACAUAGUCCAUUGGCCGGAAUGUUUCGUCGGAAAAUAAGAUUCCGACAGCGAAUAGGUUACUUUUGGGUUCUCAUGUCCCUAAGGUCAAUCCCCGAGCUUUUCUAUUGUUUCUUGCCUGCUUAUUGCCUACUCCACAGCUCUACCAUAUUUCCAAAGGGACCUUGUCUAGGCAUAAUAGUCACGCUUGUGGGGAUGCAUUGCAUCUACAGUCUAUGGCAAUUUAAAUACCUUGGUUUUUCAGUAAAAUCGUGGUUUGUCGCCCAAUCACAUUGGAGAAUUAUUGCCACAAGUGGUUGGUUAUUUAGCAUCUAUGAUAUCAUAUUCAAGCUUCUUGGAAUCUCAAAAGUCGAGCACAGAAUCGCUAAAAAGACUAUACCUGAGACCACGUCAGUAUCUGGAUAUGAACCAUCUCAAAAAGAAAAUGACAGUGAAAGCUCAGACGUUGGUAAAUUUGAAUUUGAUAGCUCGUGUCAUUUUGUUCCUGGAACAGUUAUUAUGUUGGUGAAUCUGGCUGGUUUAGUUUGGUAUCUAAUGGGUCUACAACGGUCGAGUUGUAGUCAUGAAGGAGGUGGUUCGGGUGUGGGAGAGACUUGUGGAUGUAUUUUGGUGCUUAUGUUGUUCUAUCCCUUUCUAAAGGGUUUGUUUGAGAAGGGAAAAUAUGGCAUUCCCUUGUCUACUCUCUCUAAAGCUGCCUUUUUAGCAUUGUUUUUUGUUGGUUUCUCUGUGAGAAAUUAGUAUAUUCCAUGUGAUGAGUUUGUUAUCAUAAUAAGCUAACUUUAUCAAGACAUUGUCUUAAUUGUUAACGAUAUUCUCAUUGUUCCAUUUACCAACUGUUAACAAUGACAUUGUCU